AUGGCAGCUGUCACCAAGUCCUGGUUCAUUACCGGUGCAUCGUCCGGACUUGGUCUGGAAAUGGCUCUUUCAGCACUCCGUGCAGGCCAUCGCGUCAUAGGAACAGGGCGUGAUAUCCAACGUGCCGCGGUAAAUCAUCCCGAAUUCGAAACCCUGGGCGGUCAAUGGCUGCAGCUAGACCUGAGCCAGCCCAGUGCCAAAGAAGUGAUAGAGCAGACCUUGGCUCAAGAAGAUGCAGGGCUCAAACCAACCGAGAAACGCCAUUGGGUGAUUGUGAAUAACGCGGGGAGUAGCUUGCUUGGGGCGGUGGAGGAUAUGAGCGAGAAUCAAAUCACUGCAUAUCUCCAAUUCAACAUCUAUGGACCUAUUCGAGUCUGGAAAGCGGCAUUGCCAAUACUUCGUCAGCACCGACAGGGUACCCUUAUAACAAUAUCCUCUAUUUUCGGGUUUGUCAGCAAAUCCGAACAUAUGAUGUACAGUGCCUGCAAGGCUGCAACCGAGUCGCUGACCGAAUCCUAUGCUGACCUGCUUUCUCCUCUGGGAAUCCGUGUUUUGCUCGUGGAGCCAGGCGGUUUCCGUACAAAAUUUGCAGCAAAUGCCAGCCAGGCGGACUUGGGAAUAACCGAUGAUUACGCAGAGAAGAUUGAGGCAUGGACUUGUAUUGUCAAUUCGGCCGCCAAAGAUGAGACAAUUGUGAGCGGUGAUCCGGAGAAAUUUGGAGAAAGAAUGUUGCAGGCAGUGGAUGGACUAGGUCUUUUUGAAAGAUUAUGGGCCAAUCACGAGGGUGGAAAGGCACUUCGUGUACAGCUGGGGUCAGACUCUUAUGAGCUUUUUGGCGCAAGAUUAGGAGAGCUGAGCAAGGUUCAUGCGGAGACGGCGGUUGUAGCAAAAUCGACGGAUGUUCAUUCUUGA